GCAGGCAACCCUAAACGUAUCGAUAACUUUUGUCCAAAUAAUCAGCUGUGACAAAUAAGCAAGAGCAAUGCUGCCGCGGCUAUUGGGAUCUCAAAUAUGCAAGGCCAGUUGGCGGAUACGAUGUCCAGCUCCAUGGGCUCAGAGUCAGCAGCGUCUUCUGGGCACAACAACAACAAAUUUAAACAGUACUUCUGGUUCUGGUCUAAAUGGCCAAUCUUCCGACUUAAAUACCAGUGCUGCUUUCUCCGAAUGGCGUCCAAUUUACAGAUUACCUCUCAUCCGUCUGGUGGCAGCUUUUAAUAGGCUGAAAAUCUACCAGGCCGUCGUCACAAUGGCUGGAACACCCUUGGCAUUUGCUCUUAGCCAAGCUGGACAAGUGUCUUCUGAUGCUCUGGGCAUAUGUGGAGCAAUUGGUGUUAGCGGCUUGAUUACACUUACAUUGGGAAGCUAUGUGGCCACAAAUUUAGUGGGCUUCAUCUAUAUUAACGAUCAGAAGGACCAAUUGAAAUUGGCCUAUGUUGAUUUCUGGGGUCGGCGACAGGAGAUUGUACUUCAUCCGGAUGAUUUGCUAACCAACUGGGAGCAGGAGACUGAAAACAACCGAUUUUCGUUUUAUCAACCAAUCAGCUUGCGUAGCAAUCCAAAGAUAAGAUACAAAUUACUUUAUCGUUUUGGCGUUGUUACAGAUCCCGAACUGUUCGAGGGACUCUUUGGGGAUUAAAAUUGUUGAAAUUUUCAUGAUAUCACAA